AUAAAACCAAGCACCUCAACAAUAGCAUUGCAUCAUAAACUGCUAUAUGGACUUAGAAAUAGAAUUAUACUCGACACAGGGUUCCAUUUCUGAUUUCUCAAGCUGUUGUAUAAUUUUGUCCCGUGACUUUCAUCGCAACAGCCGAUCGAAGAUCAGGAAGUGCUCGUAAGUUGUGAAAUAUUCGCCGCAAUAUCCCAGGGCAUCAUUACCUAGAAAUCGAAGUAUUCAACAUUAUAAGAUCUGCAUUUAAGCAGACGGUAAGUGCUGCGAUUACAUUAUUGGAUAAGUCAGUCCCAGUGUCCGCCUGGCACUUUAAUAUUACAAUUGUUCAAUGUUUAUUUACACUUUUGACUUUCGAGAAAUGGAUUCCCUUCAAUGCAAAUCAAUGAUAUUAUAGGGUUGCAUUCUGAUCAGCAUGAAAAUUAAACCACAAUAUUACAUAUCUCAAAAGGAUAAGGUCUAUUUAUUAUAUAUAAAUAAACCUUAUGCAUAAGGUCUAUUCGACGUUUCGAGCGAAGGUGCACGUCCUUCCGUCAGGAAGUUAGCAGCGUGUUGAUAUUAUUAUCCCGGAACGAUGUCACAAAGAUCACGUUAAGAUUGGGAUUAAGAUAACUAUAAAGCUUUCACCGACGAAGAGCCUCGCUCGAAAGUCGAGUUCUCAUUGUAUUUUUCAGCUAGUUACAUUACAUACAAUCCUAUCAACCGAACUUUUGUUAGUAUUGGUACGACCUAUCCAAAUGACGCUCUGCAUGUGUCGAGGAAAAUUGCAGUUGAAUCAUAACAUGUAUAUUCAUGCCGUGAUGUAUUCGGCUGUUCCAUCAUUAUUGUGUUUCACGUAUAGCCAUAACUGAAUUGUCACUAAAUAGCGUCGUCGUGUACUAUGUACUACCGUACUAACAUAGUUUGUCUUCCGUGUAAAGCAAAAUACUGGGUAAAGAAAGUACACUUAUAAGCCGGGAAUGCAAACCUUAAACAGGCUUAAACUCUAAACGUGCAUGCAAAGCAUAAUGGCAGCAUAAUUUAAUCAGUUUAGAAAUCAUAUAUGGGGCCCAUUUCUUAGAGAUAUGGUAAAUAUCUCCUUAGAACAUUCAUUCAUAGUAGCUGCAAUAUUGAAUUACUAGCUAAGCUUGAAACUUGUGCUCCCAUUAUAUAAGCUUUGCGCACUUAGAGUUUAAGGUUUAAGGUUUAGAUUUGUGCUAGACAUAUUAUUAACAUUUAAAUUUGAUACUUCGAUCUGUAUUGGGAAAGUAUGCAUGCACACUUUGAACACUUUAUUCUGGCCAAUGCCAGAUAUUCUAUUUGGGAGAGUGGAUUACUAUUAAAAAUGCACCCUUCCCACUUUACGGGUUAAUAAACUCAUAUAUAUAUAUAUAUAUAUAUAUAUAUAUAUAUAUAUAUAUAUAUAUAUAUAUAUAUAUAUAUAUAUAUAUAUAUAUAUAUAUAUAUAUAUAUAUAUAUAUAUAUAUGUAUAUAUAUAUAUAUAUAUAUAUAUAUUGUUUCUGAUCAUGCAGAAAGUGUAUAAAAUUGGUCUUAACCCCCUGUUUGAAAGAAAGAUUUCGCUUCAUGACCCCCCAAGAAAAAAGUAGCCUCCGGCCCCCCAUGACACAUACUUAAUGACCGCUCCCUUACUGAAAUCUAUUCCGUGUACCUCUCUUUAUUUUGCUUUACACAGAAGACAAAAAAUAUGCUCGUGCAUAAAUUAUUUAAUGACUGUUAUAUUAGAGAGGUUAAGAUACCCCCGGUUCCGGUUUACGGUACGAGUAUCGCCAUUUUGUUAACCAAUUUUUGCUGAUGUCAGCAUUUUUACCCGUAAUUUCUACCCGUUUCCCCGCGGUAAACCAAGGUCACACGUAAAAGACAAACGGGUACGGGCGUUUUCUGCUUACUAUUUGUGGGCCGUUUAAAUAGUAAAAAUUUUCAACAUCUUAGGGGCCAUUCACAAAGGAUGUCCGAGCCGAGGAGGGGGGGGGAGGGGGGUUUGGAAAAUCAGGACAAACUCGGACAGGGGGGGAGGGGGCUUUUAGCUAUCCGGAUGUCCGAAAUUUAAAAAAAUUCAAAAACAAAUUUCUUUUUCCCUCUAUUUUGAGCAGUCCUUCCCAUUGUGAAAUUGGCAUUUUGACUAUGCGGUUAACACUAGAUUUUGUUUUAAUUAGUAAUUUAUAUGUUUUUGUGUUCACAUUUACAGUUAUAAAAAAGUUCUAAAAGUAAAAAAGUUUUUUACUCUUGAUAUAUACAAGGUUGCGUGAGUUUUUGCGAGGCAUGGCGGAUGUCCGGGGGGAGGGGUCACUAAUUCGGACAAUGCCGGACAAGGGGGGGAGGGGGGGUCUGAAAAUCCAUCAUUUGGCCGGACAUCCUUUGUGAAUGGCCCCUUACCCAAAUAAAUAAUGCACAUGUAUAUGCUUGCCAAAGAUUUCAACAAUCUAUGGCGAACCUCAACAGCGAAAGUUACCAUUCUCUGAUUGGUUUUCUCACGCCGGAGUAUCUUGGAUUUCUUAGAUUACAAGUCGUUUCCCGGUUUACGGGUACGUGCAGGGUGUUAGCCAGACGGCCAUCCGACCGUCCUACGGACGGCCACUUUUGAAUUCGGACGGCUAAAUUUUAAUGGACGGCCAUGGACGGCCUAAGGGAAUAUUUUCUUUAAAUAGCAAUUUACAAGCUUUGUAAUAUUUCUUGAAUACUUCGAAUGGUUGUUAUCUGCUGUUUACUUUACAUAUGGUAUAUGUUUUGAUACUUUUUCCCGUGCUUUAGAAUUACAGUUACCAGGUAAAGUUGGCUAUAAAAUGAGCCAAACGCAUAAAAAAAGGGGAAAAUAUCGGCGAUUGAUAAAAAAUAACUAAACACUACACUACGGUUCAUACCAUACGUGUGCUUUUACUAAUUUAAUGACGGAAAUGUGCAUCUAAAACUAAAAGUAAGAAGGUUCAACGAAUAGAACACCACAAUUCCACAACAAAAAAUUGCAGCCACACCCAAAAACAUGUGACCACGCCCACAAAAAAUUGUGGUCACGCCCACAAAAAUAUUUUGGACGGCCACUUUUGAAAUGCUGGCUAACACCCUGGGUACGUGUAUAUCACCCGUACCCGUAAACCGGAACCGUGGUAUCUUAACCUCUCUAAUGUGGCUGUAAAUGCAACAUAAACAAUGAUUGAGCAGCCAAAUAUUUUGCAUAUUUUAAUUGUUCCAUUUUAAUUGCUACAUUUUAGUCAUUUUAUGAUUCAACCGUACUUUCUCACGACACAGAACGCGCCAUUUGGAUGUGCAGUGCAAACUCUAAAUUGGCUUAUAAGGAUUUUUAUUAUGUCAUUGACAUUGUUAGAAGAUGGAGCAGCCACCACCCUACAGCCCAGAGGGAUACCACCCCCCACAGCAUGGAUAUCACGGAUAUGAACCAUUACCUAACACUGAUUAUCCACCACCACCUACCCCUUAUCCCCCACAACAACAGGCUGGGUAUCCACCACAGAAACAAUAUGAAGGGGGAUAUCAAAACCAAGGGUAUCCACCUCAAAACCCACGAUAUCCACCACCUCAAGGACAAGGAUAUAUUCAGCAAGUAUUUUCCCCGCAACUCACCAAUUGGUCAACUGUGGUGGAACAGGUAAGGGUCUGUUGUAUGAGUUGUUAAAUCCACAGCAAGAUUGAGAUCCGCAUACCCUCUGUCAACGCAUCAGUAUAAAAUUCAAUUUGUGUUCAUAUAUUGUAGACGAGCCAUAUAUUGUUGUCGAAUGUUUGUGUUACAAGGUUUUAAAAUGCCAAGGUUUUAAAAUGCCAUUAUCUUCUUAAGACUGAAAUUUCAAGAUUUGUUUAUAAGAGACUCAUGCACUUUCAUGAAUUAUGUUUAUAUUUGUUCAAUCCUAAAAGGGGGUCCAAAUUUCCGACGAGGGGGCCAAUUAUCCUAGGAAGGGGGGGGGGGGCAAAUGUCCUAGGAUAUUUGGCCGGGGGGGCAAAUUUUGGGGGGCCAUAUUUCCGGGGACACCAGCUUGGUGACAUCUUAUCUUGCGCUAUGUGCGAUCUUCGUCAAGUGGAAUAAAAUUUUCCUUCAGAAGGCUUUAUCGGCCACCUGACCGGGAGGACAUUUUUUUCCGAAUUUGACCUAUAUAAUAUUGCACGGCAUAGUUGAAAAAUACAAACAAAAAUUGAACAUUAAAAUAACAGACGUAAACAACCAUUAUUAAAGUCAUACAAGGUCUGACUCGUCCCUCGUCGCUUCAGUUGGGAAUAGAGAUCAGUGGAAAAACAAUGGGAGCGCGGUGCUUAAUGGGAAUGCGAUAAAUUAACGCGACCGCGCGUACGGAUAACGGAUGAGGGACUGUGGAAGAGUCAGAUACAAGGUGCACUUUAUUUAAUUACAACAAAAAAUAUUUCGAAGACGCCAUGUAAUGUCAUCCCAUGGAGGCGGAUAAGAACAGUCACGAAGACAGAAUUCAUAAAUAAUUAAGUAUACUGUAGUAAUUAAACGGAAGGGGGAUUUACUAUAUGUUAGCGCAAUAUAAAUUGUGAUCUUUUUAACCUGAUGAUGGAGUAAACACCGGCGAAAGGUAGUUUUAAAUAUAAUAGUACAUUAAGCGUUGACCUUGCCCGGUCGUUAAAAAAAUUAAAAUGGGGCUAAAAUGUAUUAUUAAUAUUAAAUUAAUUUACCCUUCUUAGAAUCAAUCUCAACUACCAGUUGGAGUGAAUCCUGUUGUAAAUGAUCGAUUAACGCUAUCAGUUGUCGCUUGUGUUUGCUGUUGCCCGCUAAUUGGAAUUUUUGCUCUCCUGAAAUCGUCUGAGGUGAGGGGAUGAGCUCCCUUUUCUGAAUGAGAAGUGCAGGGCUGGAAAAAAUAUUUUACUUUCUGGAACCGCAAUAGGUUUUUUGAAAAGGUUUCUGCCGCAAAUAAUCAAAUAAAUCGACACUCGGACCCUGUGUGUGGCACUAAUAAGUUGUCAGAUUGAAUGUUAUAUUAUAUUUUAACAGUGAAAACCAAUUUCAGAGAACUGAUAAUACUUUUAGGACUAUAACAUAAAACUAAUUUAGAUAACAUGCAUCGAGGGGUCUGAUCCAUUGAAAUGAAUACAGGUCUCAUCCUAAGGUAAACAUGCACAGAUGCCCCCAAAAAGGCACCACCAGGGUGAUCGAUGCUCUGCCAAAACAUUUCGAGAAUCAAGUGUCCUAGAUUGGCUAAAAAUGCAUUUGCCCUACAACAUGGUAGUUGCAUGGAUAGGUUAGGUGACUCAGUUUUGACAUUAGAGAGUUUGAGCAACUACAACGAAAUACGAAGACGUACUUGACAAUUCUUGCCGUCUGCACAUUAUCUUGCGCAUACGGAGUUGGACGUCACUGGUGGUUAUUGAAUACUGACCCUAAUUCUUGCCCUGACCCAGAAAGAAAAAGGGAGACAUGUAACUAUAUCCUGUCUUUGUUCUUCUGCUUUCGUUCGGAAUGAAGUUCACAACGAAUUUUGCCAAAACAUUCGUUGUGAACGAAGGCAGAAAAACGAAGACGGGAUAUGGGUUCAUGUCUCGCUGUUUUGUCCCGAUCAGGGUAAGGAUUUGGGUCAGCAUUCAUAAACAGCUAGACAUAAAUCUCUAAUCUGUCUUCACCCCUGACCUAGAAUUGUUGCAAAAAUUGUCAACCACGUCGUCGUCGUCCGACUUUGUUCUCUUGCUCAAACUCUCUUCCAGAACGACGUCACAAGGAUCACGUUAAGAUUGGGAUUAGAAUAUUAGAUUUAGGGUAAGGACUGAGUUUACGUGUAUGCGACACCAAUUCAAACCCGUCCGAAUCGUGAAGACGAGGCGCUAUUGCCAAGGUGACGUAGUUUCCGGAAGCGUGCAUUUCAACACAUGAACUGACAAAAUGCAUUUAGAAUUUUAAAACAAGAAGCACGUUAUAUGGGAUCCCAUUAUUAGCAAUAUAUAGCAUGACAAAAAUUCCUGCAAGGCAUAGGAAAAUUUGUUAGAAAUUUUCUGCCCGAGCAGCGGUGCUAGCAGACAUUUCCAGCUCACUUCAUCAUCAUUUUUAUGCAGAUCACUAUAAAUGUUCAUCCCUUUAUUUCUAGGCAAGAAAUCGUUACGCGGCUGGCGACUAUGCCGGAGCCGUGGCGUCAGCACGAAGAGCAAGAAACUUGGCUUACGCCGCUCUUAUUUGUGGCUUCAUCCUUUAUUCACUUUACAUUACUGGCAUAAUUGUCGCCGUGACUACCAACUAAACUAGCAACGACUACAAGCCUGUUCGAAAUUUCUAGCAGCGACUUAGCCAGUUCGAAAUUUCUGGCUGCGGACAUUACUGGAUUUUAACAGUGACUUUUUAAAAUCGGUGCAUUUUCGAACAAAACAACAUGAAGUAAAUGACUGUUUUAAUCAAUUACCCAGCGUAGAAUUUGAAGUAUAAUUUAUUAUAUUUAUAUAAAGAACAAUGCGACAAUAAACUGAAAUCCGCACAACCUCGUCCCCAGGGCCUAUUGAGGCCCUGGGGACGAGGUUGAAAUCCGCAAGCUUUGUAAAAAAGAUUGAAACGAAGUAAAACGAAGAAAUAAAAGAAUGAAUAUACAAAUUUGACAUACCGAGUAAUUGGGACUGAAUUGAGGGGUGAUGUGUACAGGGAUG